AUGGCAGACAGAACACCCCAAAAACCGCCCAGUGUCAACAACCUCAUCUCAUUUUGGAGCGACCUAGAGGCGCCGGCUCCAGCGCAGACGAGAGCACCAGUCCUAGCUCCGUCACGAGGGCUACAGUCUUGUCUUAACACCGCACGACCACCAUCAGCAUCUAAUACAUUUCGGCCCAAUGACGGAUCCUCUCCAGCAAUAUUAUCGUCUCUAUCCUCGUCCGCUACCACGUCUUUCUCUAGAUCUGAUCUUGGCAAGCCCCAGCACGCCACUUCACCCUCCACAGACCCUCCGUCCUUGCCUCAUUCGCCAUCCAAAACGUCAAAUUCUACGCUUUCACCAGAAGAGUCUACACCAAUAUUUCCUCUGAGAUCGGUUGCCCCUUUGCAAUCUCGCGUUUUCGGCACUCAAAGACAUGCUCUUGAUACCAUCCAAGCACAACCACUCAGCACCCCACCAGUGCAACCUUUCAAGAGCACAGAACCAAGAGCAACUCAUCACACAAGACCUUGCCGUAUCUUUACAGACCCGCACGCUAUAGCCAUUCCUUUGUCGCCGCGGUCUUCGAAUGCGACUAAAGCAGGUGAUCAUGGUCAUUCUCUACCUGCAAGCACGAGCGCCAGAUCCUCUGCGAUUCUUCAAUCGCAGACUAGACCCUUGCCAUCGAUUAUGCCCAGAUCUUCAGCAGCUCCCUCGAGGAUCAACGGAGGUAUCGUAAAGCUGGCAGUUGUACCGCCAGCUCAGAGCAAGGACGACACUUCAAUACAUCAUCACCAUCUAGCCAGGAGUCACCCACUGGCACCUAGCUCGGAGCCAAUUGAACGGCCAAUCGAUGCCCUGCUGCCGUUGGUCAAGGCCAACUCUGAAUCAAAUUUAUCGCUCGCAGCCCUUGAGCUUGGCCGAAUAUCCCCUGAGGCCAGCAGCAAGUCAUCGUCUACUGGAAACGAGCUCCAGAUGAUCCAUGACGGUCAACGGUUGGAUAGGCAAAAGCCUGUAGACCAGGAUCGAUUGCAGCACAAACAUGAGGAUCGCAGGAAAACUGGCGACGACGCCAAGGGUAUUCUGGCGCAAGGUCAAGCCUUGAAAACAAUGUCAAACUCAGCUCUUGAUUCCUCACAUGUACCUCAAAAUCCACAGCGAGCAGGAAACAACGUUGAUAGCAAGGAGGAUAUAGCUCCCGAAAUUAUGGAAGACAGCAAGUGCAGGGAACCAAAAAUCAUUUACGCAGUUGUCAAAGAAAUGCCUACCAAACCGGCAAUCCCGAAACUGAUUGGUGCCAGUGGUUCAGGGACAGUGAUUGUUCAUCAUGGUCUCCAGGGACGUCAUGGAGAUAUCAGCAGCGGCAGUAGGGAUUUCAGUCUGGUUCGCAGGAAGAAUGACCACAAGAAUGGCGAGGGGGAGAGCCAGCAGGCGCUUUUGCACUCGAAUAUGGAUGAAUGGGAAUCACUGGAUCAGACAAGACGAGAAUCUCUUCAAAGCCUCGCCAGUUUUUCAAGCACGCUCGAUGGCGACGCCCAGGAUGACCAGCCAGGCAACUUUGAUGACAGGAACAGUAAGGAGGAGACCAGCUUACUGAGAAAGGCAGAGCAUCGUCACUCGGUUGUCGCGAAGAAAGGCGAGAACUUUGCAGCGGAGAAGUUUGGGUCAGAUUCAGCGCCCAGCCCUAAGAAUCCGGCGUUGGCAGAGGUCCAGAGGAUGCUACAAAUGCCUCAAAAAUAUGCUGGAGGCACUCCGUUGGGAACCAAGAAGUCGGAAAGCUCACCAAAUCGCCCCAUUUUAGAUAGUACGGACGCUCUGUUUCAACCCACCGCCCCUUUGGUCACUUACCCUGCCUUGGAUGCAUAUUUGUCGUCAUUGAAGCCAGCCUCGUUCUCCGACGUCCCCACAACACCUUUAACACCGAAACUCACCGUCGACUCCGACAAGCCAUCAGCUGCCACGCCGAGAUCCAAGUCAAAAAAGGCACCAGAGGUUGAUCCCAGAGAGGGUAUGUUUCCGCCUUUAGGAAAGGUGCCUAUAGGGGUAACGCUGGACGAGCUCAAGGUCAACGUAACAAAGCCCCCAGGAUUUUUUGAUCAGGAACUUCAAAACGUGAUGCUGUCCUCUGCCGUAGAUGGAAUUAUGAGCGGUGAGGCGUCCAACAUUGGAAUAUCCUGGAUGCGACUGGAGAUCAUCCGUGACUUUCUGCAGUUCGUGGCACUAUAUCUCUCUGUGUCCGGAAACACAUUCGUCAAUCAGAGAUGGCUAUACGCGACCGUCAAUAUUAUACCUGCCUUACUGUCCCUGGACUUACCUCGUGCGGUCGGUUAUGGAAUGGUUUUCUUGAUCCUCUUCGGGCUGAUCUGCUUUAUUGCCCUCUACACGUUCAAGAUCAUGACUAGGACGGAUCCGAAUGACGACAUAGAGGGCCUGGAAGUGUCAUCUUGGAGCCUGCGAUCCAAGAAGCAGCGCAUCGAGACCAUCUCGAUUGUGUUUGUACUCACGACACUAUAUCUCCCGCUGGCCAAGUUGUCAUUCGACGCAUUGGUCUGGUCCGAUACUAUGUGGCCAAUUGCCAACCCAUACACUAAUACGGAUUUCCCUGCGCUCGAGCCCCUCGGUCCCAGCGGUAUCUACCGGGAUCCGUCCGAUUUUUGCUACGUGACGUCGAUGAAGAUCCAGGACCUCAACUUUGCCUACGCCAUUAUUCCACUGGCUAUCUUCACACUCUGUGCGAACACAUUUUACUUCCCUCUGGCUAUCCGUCGGCUGGUAGUCCUAAACCUGCCCCGGAUUGACAAGUACACGGAGCAAGGCGAGCGGCGACUGGAUCCGGAUGAAGAGUACAAGCGUCUGACGAACUCGGAUAACUGCCCUUACAAUUUCCUAUACAAUGGUUAUCGAAGAGAACAUGGAACAUACAAAGUCGUAAUCAUGUUCUACAAGCUUCUCGCCGUAAUCAUUGUUGUACUCUUCUCCAAAGAUAACUGCCUCUUUCGAGGCUACGAGCGUAGGACGAUCGAGGCGACGCGAGCAGGACUUCAGAUUGUGUUCACUGUCAGCUUGAUCUACAGACAUUACCGAACGCAGCCUUUUCUGUAUGCAUCCCAGAACCUGAGUGAGUACUGGUCCAGGGCGUGUACAGUUGCCACAAGCGUUAUUGGACUGUUUAUUGUCCUGAAGGUUGGGCCUCUUUCGGUCAAUGCCCUCGGUAUUAUGCUGGUGUCGACAUACGUCUUGAUGUGCAUCAUUGUGAUAUGGUUCGUCAUCCGGCAGACUCAAAAGUUCCAAGUAAUGCUCAAGCAGAUCCAGCAGCGCCUCGACUUUUCUCUCGAAAUCUUCAAUCCGCGGCUUAAUUACUUCAAGCAUAUCAAGCGACGCAUUUGGCAGGAGACUUGGACCACAACGCUGCUGGUGGAGGAUUCGUUCAAGAUGCCCCCAGGCAAGGUCGUCGCAUACAGCCAGUCACCACAUCGUCCUCCAUACCUCCUUAAUUUCACGGGCACUGUGGCAGAGCGUCAUGUUGAGAAUCUGCGGAUUGUGCGGCAGAUUGGUCUUCGGUCGUAUUCUCAGGCAUGCCAGUUCCUCACGCCAACCAUAGUGCGCAAGCGGGCAUUGAUUUUGAGAAAGUUCGUGGGUCCCGACAUGUACUAUGCACCGGAGUUCAUGGCCUCGAAUAUCAAGACUUACUUCGGAAAGGCGUAUGUGGUCCCGUUUCCUUUCUCAGUGGUCUUUGUCUACGACGAGUCCUCCGUUGUGGUUACACUCGUCAAGGAGUAUGAUUUGGAUCGUUACAUUCAACAGAAUCAAGACCCCGAGAUUCAAAGGCGUCGGGAGCUCAGAUACCAGCUUCGGGCCUUGGACGGAAAAUUUGUCGUACGGCCGUUUGUGGAGAGCAGAGGUAUUCAGAGGGGUAGAGAAUCCAAUGGCACAAUGGAGAUGUCGCUUGUCAACGCGCCAGUGAGUUAUAAACGAGGACUAUUCACAAUCCACCGCAAGAAAAUGUCGAGUUGGCAAGGACAUAAUAUGAAUCCCGGCUUUUCUGUCACAAUCACCUACUCGGAUGGCGAGGCACAGGACCCGGAGGGAUCGUCCCAGCUACUUCACGAAACCACGAUUGGACACGAUGUUAUCGGUAUCACCCGCGACUUCCAACUCACUCCAGCUUUGGCGCGUUUGCUCCGUGAUAACCACGCCCUCGUGUCUCGAGGCGUCAAAAAGGUCAAGAAGGUCAUGCAGGCCUAUCAGGCUCAUUAUCGAGAGGAGGCCCACAGAAAAGACGCGACACUUUCGUAUGACUUCUUCAUCAACGUCUAUGACAACCCUACCCUCAAGCGGAAGGAGCUUGAGCCUCUUCUGCUGGCAACAGAGGAGAAUGUAAAGGUUUGCCAUCCCUCUCCAGAGGUUUGUUUGGCUAUCAAUUGCCUGUACGAGCGCAUGGCGGCAGUGAAUCGGACUCGAUGUCACCAAUGGUGGUAUCUCUUUUGGGAUGAUCUCUUCCGAAAAAACCACGAGGAGAUUCCUCAGCUAGUCCCCAAGGUGUUCUCGCCGGCUUUUCCAGGAUCUAUCUGCUAUCGACCCAUGUCCAGACCUGACCUGGAGAAAUUUCUAGAAAAGCACGGGUGUUGGUUGAAGGAUGGGCGAGCAGGCUUCAUGCAUACUGGAGUCCUCAACAGGAUGUACACCUUCCUCAAUGAGCUCGUGUUCGGGAAAAUGACGGGAGAGCAGAGGCAAAAGCAGCUCGAAUUAUCAACGAUCGAACGACAGCGACUUGAGCAACUAUUCCUUGUUACAAAGGCCCGGAUCCAGGUCGAUGGUACUUACAAGCGGAUGCCACCUCUAGAGCAGUACAAGGAUGUGGACCUUGAGACAAACGGUCAAGGCCUAGGCACAAGGACGUCGAACGGGGUACCUGGACGGAGGGUAAGCAGGACCAGCAAGAAGGGUUGGUUUGAGAGCAUCACGCCUAGUCGUUUACGAAGACAGCCAUCGCAUCCUCGAUUGGAACACUAUUCCCCAGGGUAUAUUAUUCCUCAGACGUGGCAACAGAAGGCCAGUCAGUUUACCUCGCUGUUGAUUGGUGGCCGACCAGAAGAUAUGAUCAGUGAGUCGGAUGCGGAGGACGACCUUGACGAGUGCGAGAAGCCGGUACAAAAGCGCAGAAAGAGUUCGAUGAGUUCCAUAGAGACCCUCAUGGUAUCAGGGAGUGCGGGUUCACGCAGCAAACUCGAACAGGCCUUCAGCCCAAACAUCGUUCGAACAAAGAGCGACAUCGACAACAUGAAAGCGGAGCAGGAGAAUUUAUUACAGAACCAAUUUGUCCCUUCAUCAGAGUACCAACGGCGCCUCCAGUCACAGAGAAAGGGGUCGAGCUGCCGAGAAUCCUGGACUUCAAAGUCAACUUUGGGCGAUCAAUCAAUGACGGACGGAAGCCGACGCGAAGAACUCGCACCGCUGAACUUUAGGCAGUUUUCCAAGCAAAGCACGCCUUACAAGCAAGCGCAGACCGAACAGAGUGUGGAAGAGAAAGGGGUGGUUGUGCAGGGCGCCGAGAGAGGCCCACACUCAAUGGAUGACGACCCUGAUAUGGCCAGUGAUGCUAUGAGCAUCACCAGUAUGAGCUCGGAGGACUACUGGUAA